AAGUAUUUCAAAUAUAACCGUCACCUUCAGCACAUCCACGGAUGACACAGCUCUAGCUAAGUAUUCCUUAAGGUUUGAAUGUGUGCGACUCCUCCUCAUUGGCAGGUGUAGCAUGGGAAGAUGUCUUGGAACAUGUCCAGAAAAAGACAACUGUUAAUUCUGUUCAGCUUUUCUAUUGGAGGUCUGUAUCUGCAAAGCAACCUUCUACAAAUACCGCAGUGCGUUUGUGGGAACUGCCACCACAGCAAUGACCCCUGGUUCUCUACCCGUUUUAAUACAUCAUAUCACCCACUGAUGACCAGAAACACCAGUGUUGUGAGUGCAGAGACGUUUCAGUGGUGGAAGCGGCUGCAGAAUACACGUUCAGGAUGGGAGGAGUACAAAAAAGUUGUGGAUGAAAUUUUCCAAAUGAUCCCGGACAAGGAGAUGUACAGGGAUGCUGCUCUUGAACGCUGCAGAGUGUGUUCAGUAGUUGGCAACUCUGGGAACCUCAUUAACUCUCAUUAUGGUCCUAUGAUUGAUGACGGCGAUUUUGUCUUGAGAAUAAAUCGAGGUCCCACCAAAGGCUUUGAGCAGGAUGUUGGAAACAAAACUACUCAUCGCAUUAUUUACCCUGAAAGUGCCAUUGACAUCGACAACUCCACUCACAUGGUCUUUUUUGCCUUCAAGAUGGUGGAUCUGAAAUGGUUGGUUAGUUUAUUCAAACAACAAAACAAGCUUGUGAAAAAAACAAUCAAAGCAAACAUGAGCUUGGUGAUGGUUGCAAGCCCUCGUUUCAUGAAGUAUGUCCAUCACCAGUGGCUGCAGAAACAUGGUCGAUAUCCAUCUACUGGAUUCAUGACUCUCAUUAUGGCUCUUCAUAUCUGUGACAAGGUCCGAGUGUUUGGAUUUGGAGCUGACAAGAAUGGCAACUGGAAUCACUACUUUGAGAGGAUACCGCCAGCUUACAGAACAGGCAUACACGGAGGGAACUUCGAGUAUGACACCCUCAAGGAACUUCAGAAAAGGAACAAACUUGAACUGUAUGGAUGACCUCUGAAAACAGAGUUACGGUGCAUUCAAGUCUUACUUAUGUUAUUUGCCAGUGGGGGAUUUUUUGUGUGAGUGUACUGUAUGUGUGAAAGUGUUGUCCUGUUCAGUGUUCUGUUUUUGUCGUAUGUUUUUGUACUGUACUGUUUGUCCUGGGGACCUCCUCUAAAACAAGAUAUCUUAUCUGAAGGGGCUAUCCCCCUAAACAAAUACAUUGAAAUUAUUCAGGACUAUUAUUUGUAUUUGUGUGUGUGUGCGUGUUUGUAUGUGUGCGUGCAUGUGUCUGUCUGUCUGUCUGCCUGCCUCCCGGCCUGAGCGUGUGCCUGUGUACAUAUGUGUGUGUGUGUGUGUGUGUGUGUGUGUGU